AUGCAGCACAACUGUUUUGAAACUAUAAAAAAUAAACAAACAGCUAGUUUAUCAGUAGCUUCUGCGCAGCUGCCCCAAACAAACCCUCAGGGGCCUGGUGACGAUGAGUUUGUUUUGACAAAGAUCAUGGUGCUAACAAAGUGCUUAUCAGCAGUAGCUUCUGCGCAGCUGCCCCAAACAAGCCCUCAGGGGCCUGGUGACGAUGAGUUUGUUUUGACUUUAUCAGUAGCUUCUGCGCAGCUGCCCCAAACAAACCCUCAGGGGCCUGGUGACGAUGAGUUUGUUUUGACAAAGAUCAUGUGGAAGAGAGCUCAUCUCCCAAUUGUUAGAAGCCAGCACCAACGCAAAAUCCAUCACACAGUUACACUCUUUAAUCCCCUCCGCAGUGGUUUUCUCUCGGCCGCUGAUUGCUUCUUUGCCACUCGCUUGGUCUCCUCCUAUGGCGAAUUCACUUCUUCUUUCGUUGCUCGCAAGCUAUUCGAUGAAAUCUUCCACAGAAACUCUUUCCUUUGGAAUGCCAUGCUUCGUUCCCACUGCCGAGCGCAGCAAUGGGUUGAAACACUUCGCCUUCUACGACGCAUGGCUGCCAAGCCCUCUGACCUGGAUGCAUUCACACUACCUAUUGCCCUCAAGGCCUGUGCAGCGCUCUCUGAACUUCGUCAUGGCAGGACCAUCCAUGCUGUCGCCGUCAAAACAGAUUUCUACCAUUCCGAUGUAUACGUCGCGGCAGCACUUGUAGAGAUGUAUGCCAAGUGCUGUAAGAUGGAAGAUGCUAUCCUGGUUUUUGACGGCUUGAGGGAAUCAGAUGUUGUACUUUGGACUUCCGUGAUCUCUGGAUACCUGCAGAAUGGUGAUGCUGAAAGGGCGAUAGCAUUCUUUUCCAGAAUGGUGCUUGAAAAGCAUGCCAUUCCUGAUCCCGUAACUCUAGUAAGUGUGGUUUCUUCAUUAGGGCAGCUGGGAGACCUUCGCCGAGGAAGAUGCUGUCACGGAUUCUUACUUAGGAUGGGAUUUUUUCAUGAUAUCUCUCUCAUGAAUUCACUUUUAAGCUUUUAUUCAAAGAUGGGAGAAAUUAAAAUUGCAGGAAAGUUAUUCGAGACAAUGCCGGAGACGGAUGUGAUCAGCUGGAGCUGUAUGAUAUCUUGUUAUGCUCAUAACGGUGAACCUAUUGUUGCAUCGAUGGUUUAUAAAAGGAUGAUUGAGAAGGGAUUGCAGCCUAAUUCUGUCACAAUGGUUGGUGCUCUGCAGGCAUGCUCUUUGUCUCGUGAUCUUCCUGAAGGAAGAAAGCUGCAUGGGCUUGCCAUUCAAUUGAGGUUUGAAUUAGAUAAAUCAGUCGCCACAUCACUGAUAUAUAUGUACAUGAACUGUUCGUGCUACACGGAAGCCAUUAAUCUGUUCUAUCGAUUGCCUAAUAAGGAUGUUGUCACAUGGGCAGCCACCAUUGAUGGCUGUGCUAAGAAUGGCUUUGCUGAUGAGUCUUUAAAGCUUUUCAAAGCCAUGCUGCUUGAUGAUUUGUGUCCUGAUGCUGUGACAAUGGUAAAGGUGCUUGUGGCAUGCUCACAUUUGGCAUUCUUAUGCCAAGCUCAUUGCUUGCAUGGAUACUUGAUUAGAUCCGGUUUCAGUGAUAAAGUUUACGUGGCUUCUGCACUUUUGGACUUGUAUUCUAAAUGUGGCAGCUUAGAUGAUGCUGUAAAAGUUUUUGAAGGUAGUUCUGAGAAAGAUGUGGUCCUCUGGAGCUCAAUGGUUGCAGGUUAUGGUAUUAAUGGUUUUGGUUACAAGGCCAUAGAAACAUUUGAAUACAUGGUUGAAUCUUCCAUCAAGCCUAACAGCAUUACCUUUAUUUCAGUCUUAUCUGUAUGCAGUCAUAAUGGUAUGGUGGAAGAAGGUCGAAGAAUAUUUGGCAGCAUGAUCGAUGCUUAUGGUGUCACUCCUGAAUCAGAACAUUAUUGCAUUAUGGUUGAUCUGCUUGCUCGAACCGGCAAAUUACAUGAGGCUUUAAACCUUAUUGAAGAGGUGCCGAUGCAGACCGACCCUCAUGUUUGGUGUGCAUUGCUUUCUGGUUGCAAGUUACAUGAAGAUUUCAAGUUGGGGGAUUUGGUAGCUCAGAGAUUACUUGAGAUUGAUCCUACCUAUUCUGGAUAUUAUAAUCUGAUGGCUAAUAUGUAUGCUUUUGGUGGUAGAUGGAAUAAUGUUGAAGUGGUCAAAAGAUGGAUUAAUGAAAGACGGCUGAGGAAAAUGCCAGGCUAUAGCACAGUUGAGAUUGGCAGUGAAAUUCAUACGUAG